AUGCGCUAUGAGGAAGACGCGGGAAGAAGAAUUGAUGACAACAGUGACUACGAAGGGACUCUCGGGAAGCUGCACGUCAACCAGGGAUCGCCAGCCAGGGAGGUCAUCACGUGCCAGGCACCCGGCAGAUCCACCCAGGGAGAACACAACAACGAUCAUCGAUGCGAUUUCAGUCAGUCAAGCCUUCAUUCAGCAUUAUUCGACCAUCUCCAUCUCCAGUCAACAUCCGAAUCCACCGGUGGAUCUUUUCAAACGGUAUUAGCCCACAAUAACGAUAAUAGCGGAGGAUCGAGAGACUAUCCCAAACUUCCCUGCAACACUAUUAUUCCGACUUGGUGUCUUUGCUCCGUGAUCUUCGACUGUGGUUUUAUCAACUGCAAAUCGCCGGUCAAUUCAACUCUAGCGCAAUUACUGAUUCUAUUCUGGGUCACCCCUCCCCCCUUGGUCCAAGCAAUCCAAUUUCCACGGGACCCCCAUCGUGGAUACUCCGAAACUACCGGGCCUGUUUUCAUUCCUCGGUCCACGGAAUGCUACUUUUCAUCUAGACCGCAAGCGCUCAAGCAUCGAAAAAAAGCAUUGGCCAAUUAUUGGCUUUGGGAAAGGGGAAUUAACGUGGUCGAGUCGCGGUAUGCAAAAGAGGGAGGAAUUCUUCCCAGGAUGGACUAUGUCUCCUCGAAUACCGUUUUUACUUCACCACCAAACAACCACCACGAGAGCUGUCAACUGCGUCGAUCCUCCCGCGGCUACUCGCUCUAUUCACCACCACCACCGCCACUAUCGACGCAUUCCCCUCCGUCAUCGUCGCCUACUCAGCCCUCCAAGCCGUUUAGCUUCCAGAACCGGCGGUUGCAGCUUCGGAACGCGGGUUUCCGCGCCGCUCAGAUACCCAGUCGAAAGAUAUCGGAUCAUCUCACCACGACAUGGAGGUCAUUGUCUGGGGGUUCUGAGCCAGAGACAGACAAAGAAAACAUUCUGAGUUGGCCCACCCAUGACGACAGUUCGCGCGAGAGUUCAUUGAGGAGGAGAUCGAAUAUACUGCAAGAGAUCAACAAUUCUAGCUCCCGCCGUCGUCAUAUCUCACCACGUCCGUCGAUUACAGCACUAUUCGCAGACCCCUCUCCUCAACAAUACAGCCCUGGCUCAUUAUCGUCCCCUUCGCUAAAGAAGUCAGUCCCCAGACUAGAUCCCCCAAUAUCCUUCGAUGGGUCGGACGACAGUGAAUUCGAUAGUGCCAUGAAGAGCAGAGAAUAUUCUCUCUCUGGCAAUUCCCCGUUGGGGCACAGUGCUGGCGUCAUCAGACGGAAAAGGAGAAGUCCCAGGCGGCAACAGGCGGACUAUGAGACUACUAAGUACAUCGAGCAUCUGGAGGCACAGCUGGCUGCGUCCCAGACCGAGCUGGACUCGAGGCAGACUUCCCCUAUCAAGCCGCAGCUCACGAAACUCAGGGCUCUCAAUGCGGAGAUCAGGGCUCUCAAGCAGGAGCUCGCUGACUGGCAGGACAAGUUCGAAUCACGAGUCAGGGAAGAGGCUGGGUCAAGAUUGGAGACGGAAUCCAAAUUAAAAGCAAAGAUCUCGGCGCUACAAGAGAAGAUCGAAGCGGAUCAGCGCAGGAUACAAGAGCUGACAUAUGAGAAUGAGAUACAAGCGCAGAAAUUGCGCGACUCAGCGGCACUCAGUUUGACUAAUCGCAGUCUCGAGAGGAGAGUUGAUGUGUUAACAGAACUCCUGGCAGUCUCCCCGACUAGGACAGAUGCUGCACGAAGUCCAACUCGGAUGGAUGCACAGUCGCCCAUCAAGAAUGGAACUCCUCGACGUCGGCCAAGGUCAAUGAUGCCUUGCAUUCCUUGCUCGCCCAGAGCGCGGCACGAUGAAAGUUUUCAGCCACUCACCAUUGACCUGAGUACCUCUGACGACGUACCAUGUCUUUCAGUUGAGGCCGCAGAGAACAUGAACUAUGAGCAGGUUACAGCGGACACGAGCUCGCCAAGCACACGCCCCGACUCCAUGCUGACGGACGGCCUCUCCGCAGACUCCACUCUGCUAUCAUCAAUGCUCAAGUCUCAACGCAAUUCUACGCUAUCGCAAUUCUCUUCUACGUCAGGCUGGGGUUUGCCUUUCCCCUUUACCCCCGACAUCCAGGGAAAAAGACAGAGCCGUCAUAAAAGCAUGCGCCGGUUCCCUUCUGGUACCUGCAACCUGAAGCCAUUAAUCCUAGCAUCAGCCACUGGGACCAUGUCUGACUAUCCGUCGUCUGCCCCCUUUGAUCGUCUUUCAUUUUCACAGCGAGACUCGCAGUAUUUGUCACCGACAAGAGGGUUUCUGGACGAACAUGAAUAUGAUGCCUGGGAUGACAAGAGCACGUCCGAUGGAGCUCAGCAGAACUCUCUUGAUGCGCUAGAGGGACGGACGCGCUACUAUGAAUCAUUCGAGGAAGCUGUUUCAGGGAGACAGAGAAGACGGAGGCUCCACAUAUCACAAACCCAGCGGAGAGAACAGGGAUCGCGCUCCCCUAGACCCUUAUCAGGCCCAUUUCCCAAUGAGACUAUUCUGGAGGAAGACGGUCAUGAGGAGUUCGAGACUUCACCCCAACCGGGCCUGUCUCUCGGUGCAUAUAGUUUGCCCGAAACCAGUCAUAUCCGGUUUCAACAGCAGAAUAUUUUGGCGCACGAGAUUGGCGAAGACUAUAUGCAGACUCCUUCCAAGGGUUCUUUGAGAAGGCAUAAAAGGCAGCGCUUUGGCAUAGACAGGACACCACAGGGAAAAGGUAACCAACUGACGCCAAAUGGUUGCUCGCCUGUAUCGGGAGCUAUCUGUGGGGAAGCUGUGGACAUUCUCACGAAGUACUCGUCCUGGUUAAAGGAAGUCCAACGACACCCUACCGAACUAGCUCGAAGGAUCAUUGCGAAUGCAUGGCAUAGCAAUUGGAAGCGGUUCGGGAAGUUAUCCUGGUGGGUACUGGGCCUUUUCUUUGGACCACAGGUUCGAGACGAGUGGUGCAGGGAGCCUUCGACGACUGAGGCGGACAAUUACGACUGGCAUCGUUACUCAAUGGCCACGUUCCAGGUACCACAUGCUUCCCAUACUGCAGAUCAGCAGCCAGACGCGGAUACCGCACUCCUAUCAGAAACGUGCAACCGUUUGUCAGGAUCAGCCUGGUGCGACGUCUCCAGGGCACGAGACGACGGAGACGAAUCUCCCGAUAAAGGUCAAUUGACCAAGCAAUCAUCAUUCGGCCGAUCAUUAAGCCUCUGGGCAAAGUUUUCCUUUGCCAUUGUGAUUGCUAUUGGGUUGGCUAUCAAGAAUGGUCCUGGAAGUCUUUUAGAGGAGGGCCCGCGAGUCCAAUCUGCGGUGAUUUUCCAGGAUUCGAGUAGGUCAGAAGGGAAGGGCUCGUCGCCUAGAUCUGCGGACCUACCGCGAUCUCGAUGUUCCUACUCAAGUCACGUUGAGAGGACUGGGCGUUCUGAAAUGAGCGGGUCGACCGCGUUCGUUGGAGAUGAUGUAUGGACGCCUAAUCUUCCCGUGCACGAAUUUCCCCGCAACUGA